AGAGGAGCAGAGCAGUUUUGGCAGUCCUUGCCUUGAGGAUGAGCUUUUCUCUCUCUCUUCAUAGGUACAUUAGUCUGAAUCAAGUUAGUGUAAACUGUUCUUUCGUUAGAGCCGCAUACUCCUGCUGUGACCUUGAUGCAGCGUCGGAUUUCGAAGCUUGAGCUGAAAACGGCGAAGGAAAAGUGACAUUGAGGUCCUUGGCAUGGAGGCCGGGGAAGGGUCCCUACCCAUCGACGAUGGAGGUGGCAACCCGUCUAGUUUCCUAAACCUGACUGGGAGCGAGGCUUACCCCAAGCGGGCAUUGGUAUCGGACGACCCAUCUCUGGCUGUGCCGUUCCCGUGCCUACCUGGUGAAGCGGUGGAGUUCCUGGGCCGAUCGACACAAGGGGUUGUGGCUCUUUCGUCGUACCGCUUCUUUUUGGCAGGUCCCGAUCAGCAGCUCAACCUACCCCUUGGACUACUAGAGACAGUUGAAUGUCGCGACAUCUUUUACCUCCACCUAAUCUGCAAGGAUGCCCGCUCUUUCAGGUGUUCGUUUGCCACAAAUGAAGACUGUCAGAAGUGGCACAAGCGCCUCACCAAUGCAAUCCAGUUGCCGAACCGGCUGGACGACCUGUUUGCCUUCCGUUUCUACCUCUACUGCCGUGAAGAACGUUACGAUGACCUUUUUUGCUUUCUUAAGAGUGAUAGGCCAAGUUUAGACAAAGACACUUCCCUCCUGCACCAAGAAUGCAAACGCAUGGGCUUUGACACAGACCUCGGGGGCACGUGGAAGCUCACAAGCAUUAAUGAAAAAUUCAAGUUCUGCAACAGCUAUCCGCGCUACUUAAUUGUGCCCGCUUCGGUACCGGACCAGGACCUUGAAACUGUGGCCAGUUUUCGGUACUCUCGGAGGAUCCCCACUGUUGUUUGGAGGCACCACCUGUACGGUACAGUGAUAGCACGCUCGGCGCAGCCAGAGGUUGGCUGGCUGGGUUGGCGGAGUCCUCAAGAUGAGACCCUGAUCCAGGCCAUAGCAGAUGCUUGCAGCAUUGACCCAGGCCCUGCUAUCUGUAACGGACUCGACAGCCUGCCCGACGACCAGAGGCUCGACUCGGAUGCAUCCGACUUGUCUCUACUGAAUGGUGGUCUUACUGCCAGCAUGCACUUCGAGCCACGGCCGGCGCCACAGCGCAAGAUGCUCAUCCUCGAUGCUCGUUCCUACACUGCCGCUGUGGCCAACCGAGCCAAAGGUGGUGGCUGCGAGUGCCCAGAGUACUACCCCAACUGCGAGGUGCAGUUCAUGAGCUUAGCCAACAUCCACACCAUCCGCAAGAGUUUUCACGCAGUGCGUGCCCUCUGCUCCUCCACAGCUGAUCAGUCUUGCUGGAUGUCAACUUUGGAGUCCAGCAAGUGGCUGCACCACCUGUCGGGUUUGCUGAAAGCUGCCCUCGUCGUCGCCAAUGCCGUCGACCUGGAACGGCGACCAGUGCUUGUGCAUUGCUCAGACGGUUGGGAUCGCACACCUCAGAUUGUUGCCUUGGCCGAACUUAUUUUGGACCCCUACUACCGUACCAUUGAGGGCUUCCAAGUGCUGGUGGAGAAGGAGUGGCUCGAGUUUGGGCACAAGUUUGGAGAUCGCUGUGGCAACAGUGCCACAGCUGAUGAUCUGGGUGAACGCUGCCCAGUGUUCCUUCAGUGGCUUGACUGUGUGCAUCAGCUGCUGGCGCAAUUUCCUUGUGGCUUCAAGUUCAACCAGCAGUACUUGGUCAGGCUAGCACAGCACACUUACUCGGGCCUGUUUGGAGAUUUUCUGGGGAACAGCGCCAUGGAACGGCAGCAAGAGGCAGUAGCCACUAGAACUUUCUCGGUGUGGACCUUCCUGAAGGCCAGGCCAGAACAGUACCUCAACCACCUCUACAGCCACACAGACCAGGUACUGAGGCCUCGGUGCCAGGUGCGAGAUCUGCACUUCUGGAGUGAGGUGUAUCUGCAGCCGUCUACAGGACUGCUGUCGCAAGGCCCACCUUCCACACCUCCAUCGGAGGCCCCAGAACCAGCAGAGGAAAAUCCACCUGGACCAGUCGGCAGCAGCGACACGACAUCGAACCUCGUCAAGACCAAGUCUGUGGAUUCUCUGUUUGCAGGCAGUCAGUCGGAGCAAUCUCCACCACCUGAAAAGCACCAGCGGCGGCUGAGCGAUCCAAGCCUAAAGGGUCUGCAGUCGGAACUGCACAAUGGGCACGACGAGACAGCCACGCCAUUGGCUCAACGGCGCAGCCUGAGCAACGGAGCCCUGAACGGCAGCCACGAGGAAGUGCAAGCAGAUACUAAAAGCUUGCCAGUUGCAGCAAAUCCAGAUGAACACGGUGCACAAGAGACUGAGCCACAGCAGCAGCAGCAACAAGCGGUGUCCUCCAUCGAGGAUUCAACCGACACGCUUGUCAGUGAAGUUGGUGAAACAUGCCCCUCGGACGUGGCAGAGGCUGUGGAAGCACCAAAUGAAAAGGACUGUGAAAACGAUGCCGCAGAGGGGAUGACAUCGUCUGCUUUGUCGCGGCAGACGCACCUCCUCAGCAGCACGGCCAGCACGAGUACGACGGACAUUAGCAGUUCGGCCGUGUACUUGUUCCCUGAGGUUGCAGGGGAAGACCUGCCAUCUAACAAGUGCCCAUACUGGCUGUCCCACAAGAAUGGCGAGACCAUGCUGGCUGCGGCCCGCAGCUCGCUGGCGCGGGCGGCAGCCAUUAAUGGCCGGGGUUCCCAUUACUCUACACCCCUGCACUCCAGAACUCCCAGUUCCGGCUAUCCAGCCACUCCCUGUGAUGACAGGCUCCUGCUAGAUCCUGUGGCAUCCAGAACAACUGCAGCACCCCUGCAGCAACAGCAGCAGUUUGAUGUGGACGGAUUGGCAUGUCCUGUCGACGCUGUCCAGCAAAGGUUGCAUCAAAUGGUUCUAGAAAACGAGGCGAAAAUAGAAAGUCUAGAAAACGAACUUCGCAGGGUCAGGCACGCGCUAGAGCGCUCUCUACUCGUCAACGGCAAAGACGCGUUGGAGUCUCUAGAAGAUGCUCCGCUUGGGUUGGACUGCAGCGGGGAUCCUCCGUGGGGCGGGUGCCAGGACGGUAGCAGCUCGUCGGAGUUGAGCUGGGAGCAGGUGGACGAACGCGAUGCCCGCGCCACACUCUGGGUGCCAGACCACGCGGCCUCACACUGCAGGGGCUGCAAUGCCGAGUUUUGGAUUGGGCGACGUAAGCACCACUGCAGGAACUGCGGCCAUGUGUUUUGCAACCCCUGCGCGAGCCAGCUGCACCCUGUUCCUCAUGAGCAGCUGUACCAGCCGGUUCGUGUGUGUGGCACGUGUUUCGAGACACUGCGCAGCCGCCCCUGCCGCCCGUCCGCCCUGGUCCCCGCAAGCUCCCACAACGAGCGGCUACUGGCCAAGGCACAGAUAGCCGCGGCCUCCACAUAAGACAGAACGACGAGUGCGCGUGCAUGCCCGCACGUAUCGUGCGAGCCAGCUCUUUGUGCGUGGAUGGCAUUCACAUCUGCCCGCCCUCACCAUCCCACCCUGCGUUUCAUCAUUCUUGUUCGCCCGCGAUGCAACAUGCGAGACGCUUGCAAAUACAAGUGCGGGAAGAGGAAGGUGCACCAGUGUGUCUAGUUUUUUCCGUGAUGGGAGUGGGAACGAAGGUGGCAACAGGUUCGUUUGCUGGAAGGCAAGAAGUGAAGGGAGGGUGCCGGCACGCAAAGCUCAUCCAAAGACGUUUGUACAAAACGUUAACGCAUUACUGCGGGGGCACCUGAAGCUUGUACCACGCGCACAGAUGCCCAUGCUAGUCGCUGAUUAAUCGGAAACUUGAAACCCCCGUCGAGAGCUUUCAACACAUGCUUCAGAAAAAAAAAAACAAUGUAGGCGACAUAUAUAGGGGUCGAGUAUUAACCUUCAGGGUUUCUCUUUUUUUUCCCUCCCAGCAGUUCUCCUUUAUGUUAAGGAGGCAUACAUCUCAGGUUGUCAUUCUGUACAGCUGCUGUAUCACUUUCAAAACAUUGUGUUUUGCUCCUAUCACUUACCCACUCUUGUGAUCUUGCAUCUUAAAAGCGAGGAUGAGGUGGCUUGCUUUCUAGGAAAGAUGUGCUUGUCGAGUGGUGUUAUGCUUCAACAUAGCGUAUGUUUACUUGUGUUUUGGAAAAUAAAGAACAUAAAAUGAAAGUAAAAUAUGAAUAAAUCUUCAUUGUUUCGGCUGCCGUGAACCUAUAUUUCCUAUUAGAGCAGUCCUACUGGACAAGCCAAUGACACCACAGGGCAUUAGAUUGUAAUCUGUGGUCUGUCUUGACACCCGAAAUCUGCGCUUCAUUCAACACAAACUUUCCACGGCGAACUUGGAGCUUUUUCGUUCCCAACUCCCAUUGCAUGCAGACUGUGUUAGAAAAAUGUGCCAAAAAGUGCAGAGGGGCAUUAUGUAGUCUCCUGCACCUGAAGUGCUUUGUUUUUCUAACAUGGCUGGGCUGACAGUGUUUUGUUUUGUUGUUUUUUGUUUUCUCGACUUUGCUGCCUUUAUUCUGCCAUGGCGAUAUGCAACAGUUUCUUGUCAUGGUGCACACCACUGUUGGUUGCAUAAUGUGGAGAGUGCAUUAGGAGAGUAGACAUAUUAAAGUGACAUACUUGAGAGGAUAAACACUUUUUAUCUUUGUUUUUAAUGGCACCUGCUCCACUAACUGUCUCUAAUGGUAAAUGUCAUUCUUUGUGCUAGUGGUUACAUUGAGGCACCCCUGCUGAGCAUCUGCAAUUCAACUGCCGUUGUUUGAAUCUUGAGUAUGUUUGGUGGGUUGCUGUGUGUCUUGGGAACAGAUACUGCAUUCGUGUGAUACAUCUACCCUGCGUUCACUGGCAUCUGGAGGUACGAAUAUGAUGGUCGGAUGUGGUUCACUCAAGAGGCUCUGCAUUCAGUAAUGACGCCAGAACUUCACGGUAAUUUGUUCAUAUGAGUUCACUGCCAGCCGAGAGUACUGGGCUUUGUGGGAAGCAACCAGCUGCACUGGCGUUCAGAUUAGCUGUUCGCAUUCACUUUGUUCAAAAACUUGCAUUGAGUAGGUUAUGGCGUUAGGCUAUCUGCUCUCGCCCCUUUGAGUAUUUGAAGCAACAGAUUGCCGUUCCGCAACUGCCAGGAUUGUUAUAAAAUGUUAGCCAUAACAAAAGUGUUCUGCUCAAAGUCCUGCUCUUGAUUGUUGAACAUUGCAGUUUGUACUGUGUAUCUGCAUUUUAUUUUAUUGCCCAAUAGUAGCCACUCCUAUUUCCUCAAUUCCUUUUAUCAGACCUUCAUUGUAGAAUACUCUGUCUUGUGAAUCUUCAGUUUAGGGAAUCAUCAAACAGGAUUGGCAAUAAAAUUUAUUCGGUGGAUCUUUUUUUUUUCUCGUCAAAUUUAAAGCCUAGUACUAUAUGAGAAUGCCCCAUUAACUCACUAGCUUUUUUCUGAUCAAAUGUAUCGUGCCACCAAUGUUGUGAAUAUUUCUUGGUAAUUGUCUCUACCGCUAUUCUGAAAGGGACAAUAUGUAUCUUAUGCACUUUUAUUUCUCUUUUUUUUUUAUUAAAGACCUAAAAAUAAGCCCCUUCUAUUAUAUUGUGUGUACAGAAAUGGCCACUGGUUGCAUGUGUGUUGUAAGCACUGCACCUCUGCCUUAGCUUUCUUUUUGUUCUAAUUUGUUUGUGUCCAUAAUAGCCACAAUGUAACAUAGAUUUUUUUUUUUUUAAACACGAUGUUUGCUCUCUGUAAGCUUUCAAGUCAGCAGCUGCAGAGAACUUUUUGUUAUUUAUCGCAAAUCGCAUUGUGCUUAUUUCAAGCCAAUUUUUAAAAUGUCGGCAGUGUAAUAAAGGGCUUAGUAACCAUUUGGCGAUUCACAUCAUGAUUUCUUUAGCUCAUGCCAAACUGUAUGAGCUUCAGAAGAUAUGCAUUCUUUUUCUUCUUCUUGAUGCGAGUUACUGCUCUCACGUCUUAUCUGAAAUGCUGGCCUCACCCUAUUUCAAGUCUGUCUAGAUAACCAGUGAAAAAUUUCAACAAAGUGAUAAGGGAGCCAAGAUUUGUACUCUUGUUUCUAAAAAUUUUAAAAGGUGCUCCAAACUGCUCUAUUUUAUAGCACUAGGCACGUUUGGUACAGUUAGUGAUAUAUUAAACUAACAUAUCACUGGUCUUUUAUUGGUAUUAUUAUUAUUGUUAUCAAUAUUACUUUUAGAAGUUCACAAAUGCAGGUGCCACACUUUGUCAAAUGUUUAUUUGACAACAGAACAGUGAAGCAGAGCAGUGAAAAGAGAUAAAGAUGUUAUGCUUAUGAUGUGGGCAACUUUGAAGCCCGCAGUCUAGUUUAUGAUAGAGAGUCCAUUCAAAUAGCUGGAGGCUGUGAUCUGCAGAUGAAUGUGUCUCUUCUUGAACAGAAUGUGUUUCAAUCCUACAACAUAUUUUUUGUCCAGUCACAGUUCAAAUCUGUUUUAAGGGAUUGUUGCAAGCACGAGUACAUGAUUCAGUCUUUGAGUGUUAUCUGGGAAAAUCUGAGUAUAUCAGAUUGUUUUUUUCUUUGCAGUGUAUUUGCUUACUAUAAUUUUUUUCUUUGUCUUUUUUAAGGGUUCUUUCUUCUUUUGUAAGCAUUUCCAAGACAGCAAUUGCGUUCAUUGUGUUGUUCCUAGGGAAUCUGUUUUUCUGUGUACAGGACGUGAAAGUUUUUGAAGGAAAGGAUUGUCAAUACAUUUGCCUAGAAGUGUACAUUUGACUGCGUUUUCAAUGUAACAUUCUAGAAAGGGGCAAGCACAUAAUAAAAGUUUUGAAUCUGUUUGUC